AAUUUGCGUAUAAAUGGAAGUUUCUUUCGCAGCGAACAGACAGUUGCAAUACGAGUAACAUACAGAAUGGCUUUCCAACUGUUUGCUGUGCUGUGCUUUGCCACGCUUUUUGGUCAUGGUUUCGCUGCCGUCAACAUUUGCUCCAAUGUCACCGACAAUCUCUUCCUGCCGAGUGUGAACAGCUGCUCCGAAUACUAUUUGUGCAUUGGCCAGACAGCCAUUUCUCGCAACUGUUCAAAUAAUACUUAUUUCGAUGCUCGUGAUCAGCAGUGUGCGGAUGUCUCCGAGGUGCGUUGCCUGCCCAAAUGUCCGGCUCAAGGCUUGAGCACAUUCGGCUAUGAUCGCACCUGUACCAAGUAUGUGAUGUGCUUUGGCGGCACACCGGUGAUACGUCAAUGUAGCGAUGGUCUGCAGUACAAUGCGCAGAUCGAUCGUUGUGAUUAUCCCCAAUAUGUCGACUGUGUGGAUAAUCUUUGUGUGCGCAACAACAAUGCCAAUGCGAUUGUCUAUAUUGCCAGCAAAGCACGCUGUAAUAAGUACUUUGUCUGUCUCGACGGCCAGCCCAUCAAUCAAACCUGUGCCAGUGGCCUGCAAUACAAUCCCGAGGCUCAAAGCUGCGACUUUCCCUCACGCGUCAAUUGCACGGUGGAGACACUGCAACGCAACAUUCAACCCUACUCGAAGGUGCCACCACGCUCCGCUGACAUUCGUUGCCCCAACGAGGGCGCACAUUUCUUUGCCCACAAGACCCGCAAGGAGGCUUACUAUUACUGCUUGAAUGGUCGCGGUGUCACUCUGGAUUGCACUCCUGGUCUGGUGUACGAUGCCAAGCUGGAGGAAUGCCGCGAACCCCAAUUUGUUGUGGGUGCCUAAGGGAUGUGUCGCGUUUCGGGUGUCGAAGCAAAUAAAACCAAUUUGAAAGUUCAA